AUGACGCACAUGACAACAACUACCUCUACUCCCAAUGCGACAGCCAUGGGUAAUGGGAAUAAAAAGGGUAUGGCAACUUCAUUCUCUGCUGGGGAUAUAGAUAGACAUGGUUCAAAACUUCUGGAUAACAAAGAUGUAACAAAAUGGACAUCAGUCGAAGUACAACAUUGGAUCAAAGAACAAUGUAGAAAUUAUGAAUUGAAAAAGGCUACAGCUGAAAAGUUUGAAAUGAAUGGUCAGGCUCUAGCAUUGCUUACCAAACAUGACUUUCUUAGACGUUCACCAGACGGAGGAGAAAUACUCUAUUAUUCAUUACAACGACUAAUUAAUCCAAAUAAAGGAGAUUCAGUUCGUCUUGAUCAAAAUGGAUUUAAGAAUGGAUCACACAGUCCACGACCUAAAAUAGUUGAACUUAGUCCUGAUGAUGAAGAAUCUCACAAUGAAGUAGAUGCCUCAUCACCAAAGCCAAUUAUUGAAGAACCUGAUGAUCCACCCAAAAUUCGAAAAUCACAGUCACAUACACCACGCAAUAAUUUUCAUCACUAUCCACCUCAUGGUCAUCCCUUAUUUUUUAGUCAGGGACACGUUGCUCCAGCUGUAAUGACAAUGCCUGCAGGUACUGCUGCAGCAUUUUUUCAUACACAUCAUCAACAACAACAACGGCGACAAGGAAUUCCUGAAGAAUUUAUCCACGCUCAGCAUCCAAAUAUACAUCCAGGACAUGUUUUGCAUCCACAUCUAUUUCAGCAAUAUAAUCCAAUGAUGACUGCUCGAGGAAUAUUAAUCGAAGUUAUGGAUGAUGUAGAUCCAACGCAAUUCAGUUCAGACGGAGCUAAUGGUGCUCCAUUCGAUGCUAAUGAAGGAAUCUUUAUGGUUUCAAUUAAUGGACAACGAUAUGUCAUGAACGAAUCACAAGUAAGACAAUUGGUUACUGAAGUUUAUCAACAACAAGCUUAUCAAGAAACUCAACAGCAACAACAACAACAGCAACAUUAUCAACAGCAACAACAAUAUUUUCAACAGCAACAGCAACAUUAUCAACAACAACAACAACAACAACCACAUCCACAUCCCCAGCCUCAUCCCCAGCCCCAUCCCCAGCCCCAUCCACAUUAUCCACAUCAGCAAUAUUAUCCACAUCAACAACAGCCACAAUAUCCACCACAUGCACAACAUCCACAACGUCCUGUCCUAGAUCCAAGGUUUCCACAACAUCCAUCACCAACAGCCCCACCACCGCCAGCACCACAACGUUUUUAA